AUGGCGGUGCAGGAGCAGCUGGGGAGCCUGGUGGAGAGCAUAAAGACGAAGCUGGUGAUGUCGCUGAGGAAGAAGAAGAGCAGCAAGAAACCGUACCUGAAGAUGGACAAGAGCUCCAGCGUCAAGGUCGAGAUCCGCAGCCGCAGGGCCCGCAAGCUCAUCGACAAGACCCUCCGCGCCGCCGACAGCCCCGGCGCGCGCCCCCUUCCUGCCUGA